UAAAUCAUGUGAUUGGACACUAAUCAUAAACACUGCUAAACACUCAUAUUUCCCACAGAUUUGGGACAACCACAUCAAGACACAACUCAAAGCCAAGAGAAGAACCAAAAUGAACCUUCUUCCCUACUUCUCUACAGAGACCUGGGCCCUUUUGCUUAUCUUCCUAGCUCUCCUGGCAGUAUAUGGAAUCUGGCCAUAUGGUGUGUUCAAGAAAUUAGAUAUUCCUGGGCCAAGACCUUUGCCUUUCUUUGGGACAUGCCUGGAAUAUCGCAAAGGUUUCUUGGAUUUUGAUGAUGAAUGUUUCAGAAAAUAUGGGAAUAUCUGGGGGAUUUACGAUGGCAGGCAACCUGUGCUGGCUGUCAUGGACCCCCAGAUCAUUAAAUCUGUGCUGGUUAAAGAUUGUUACUCCACCUUUACCAACCGGAGGCACACGGAUCUAGCAGGGGAGCUGAACGAUGCUAUCUCAUUAGCUGAAGAUGAAAAGUGGAAAAGGCUUCGGACAGUGCUCUCUCCAACCUUCACCAGUGGGAAGCUAAAGGAGAUGUUCCCCAUAAUGAAGCACUAUGGGGAAGUUUUGAUGAAAAACAUUCAAAAGCGAAUAGAAAAGGACAACUCCAUACCUGUAAAGGAGGUCUUUGGAAGUUACAGCAUGGAUGUUGUCACCAGCACUUCCUUUGGUGUAAACAUCGACUCCAUGAACAACCCCAAAAGCCCUUUUGUCAGAGAGAUGCAGAAGCUGAUCAAGUUUGACUUUUUUCACCCACUCUUCAUCUUGGCAUUUGUAUUCCCCUUCACUGCUCCUUUUUUGGCCAAGCUCAAUUUCAGCAUCUUCUCAAGAGAUGCUGUAGAUUUCUUCAUGAGAACCCUCUCCAAAAUUAAGCAGGAUCGUGAAAAAGAGAAUCACAAGGGCAGAGUAGAUUUUCUGCAGCUGAUGAUCGAAUCCCAGAACUCAACCAGUCACGGGAGCAAUGAAGCAAAUCACUCACCCAAAGCCCUGACUGACUCAGAGAUCCUGUCCCAAGCAUUCAUCUUCAUUUUUGCUGGCUACGAGCCCACCAGCAACACCCUUGGCUACGUGGCCUAUGAACUGGCCAUGCACCCAGAUGUGCAGCAAAAGGCACAGGAGGAAAUUGACUCUGUUUUACCCAACAAGGCUCCUCUCACCUAUGAAGCAAUGAUGCAGCUGGAAUAUCUGGACAUGGUACUGAGUGAAACCCUUCGGCUCUAUCCCAUCGGAGGACGGAUUGAGAGAACCUGCAAGAGAGAUGUAGAAAUCAAUGGGGUGACCAUUCCCAAAGGAAUUAUUGUUAUGAUCCCACCCUACACCCUGCACCACAACCCUGAGUACUGGCCAAACCCAGAAGAGUUCAGACCAGAAAGGUUCAGUAAGGAAAACAAAGAAGCCAUAGAUCCAUACACAUAUCUGCCCUUCGGAGCUGGUCCCAGGAACUGCAUCGGGAUGCGGUUUGCUCUCCUGACUCUGAAAGUUGCCAUUGCCAUUUUAUUGCAACAUUUCACCUUCCAGACCUGCAAGGAAACCCCGAUCCCUCUCAAGCUGUCUUCAAGGGGACUCUUAAUACCAGAGAAACCAAUUAUUCUGAAGCUGGUUCCCCGGACCAACACAGCACCUGCAGAGGCAUAAAACCCCACCUGGGCUGCGACGAUUCUCUGGUGUCUGAUAAGUGCUGUGCCACCAAAGGGAUCACACAUCAGGGGAUAUCUCUCCUGCACACAGACACACAGAAGAGCAGCUCUAAUUCUGGAAGCAAUUACUACAUAUUUACUAAUAAACAUAGCUGUCAGAAAUGUAUUGUGGAUCACUGGGCAGUGACAACGUACAGUCCCCUUAAUUCUGAUUGUGGAAAACAAGAAAUAAAUCCAAAUGAGAAGCUGAUCACCCCCUUCUGAGGGGACCUCUCCAUCUGGAGAGAGGGAAUUACUGUCGCAUCCAAUGGAAACAAGGUGUGAAAUUCAAAUUGCCAAACCUCGCUGGGCAGGGAUGGCUGACGUUCUUCUUGGUGUAUUGAUGCUUGAAAUUUCCUGUGUUAUAAUUGAGCUGACUGGUGUGAGACUAUAUCCUAGUUACCAAACCUCUCUUGUGCCACGUGUUAAUUAAACUAAAGUGUGUACAAAUACUGUCAUUAAAAAUGUUUGAGAGCUGU